AUGGAGAGAAUUCCUCGCGUAUUGAUUAGUAUAGCACUUGCUGCACUCUUGCCGAUGGCGUCACUCGAAAGUAGGGAAGAGGUAACAAAAGAGAAUAUUCCACACUCUCGUCAAAAGAGGAUACUUUGGAUUACUAACGAUGGGAGGCUGGCACUUCCGCCAGGAACAACAAUGGCCAUAACGCCUUCGAUAUCGAUGCCAUUUGUCAGACAUCCGCCCAAAGGAUUUCUUUCUAAUGUGACAGUCAGUUUUCCAUUCACAAUUGAUUUCGAUAAGCUUGGUCUAACUGAUAACGAAAACCCAUACGGUGAUUUGCCACCGAUUUUCGCAAGAUCUAUGGGUAGUGCGGCCGCAUCCGUGAUGGCGAACUAUGUGGGACAAUAUCUGGAUACGAGGAGAGGGAAAAGGUCAACACGAGAAGCGAUACCGCCGGAGGCAGAGCAACAUAUACUUGAUAGGUUCCACGGAGGAGAGAGGGCUCUGUUAUACGGAAUCGCUGAAGACCUUUUAGCUAAUUUUGGUUUAGAUGGUAAAGAAUGCCUUUUGAGAGCUAUUUGCGAAAUAAAUGCGCAUCCGCUUAAAAAUUUUGGUUUUAUUGGUGAAGUAAUGAAACUAUUCUUUAGUCCCAGUAAGUCUCCAUACGCGAAUCUUUUGAGUGAGUACGUUGAGGCGCAACGCGCUGGAGAGUCGGGAGGAGAGUGCUGGCCAUACUACAGACUCUGUCCAAAAAGUAUUUUCCAACCGUCUUCUAACAAAUAUGCAAAAGACGCAGAAACUUUACACAGGCGGCAGGAACAAGAAAGCAUUGAUAACAACGAGAUGGAAUUCAGAGCUAUGUAA